UCAAGAUCUGACUGUGGCCACUGGCCAGGGUCGGUUGAAGCGGAUGGGGUCAGAGGCGGGCUGCACGUUGACAGCUGUAGCAGAAGGAAACACCUCGCAGUCAAGCUGGCAGAAGCGAUUAUAUUGAGCGCAAGGCAUGUUCACGAAAGGUAAAGGGACCGCGGUGCCAUCGGACGGGCAAGCGCGAGAAAAGUUGGCAUUGUAUGUCUAUGAGUAUUUGUUACAUGUGGGAGCACAGAAAUCCGCACAGACGUUUUUAUCAGAGAUAAGAUGGGAGAAGAACAUAACACUUGGGGAACCACCAGGCUUUCUGCACUCUUGGUGGUGUGUGUUUUGGGACCUGUACUGUGCGGCACCUGAGAGAAGGGAAACAUGUGAUCACUCCAGUGAAGCAAAGGCCUUUCAUGACUAUAGCGCCGCCGCAGCACAGAGUCCAGUCCUAGGCAGCAUGCCCCCCGGGGAUGGCAUUCCAGGUGGCCCCAUGUCCCCCGGAUUCUUUCAGGGAGCACCUGGUUCCCAACCCUCCCCUCAUGCUCAGCUACCUCCUAACUCUAACAUGAUGGCCGUGCAUGGACAGCCCUUUAUGUCUCCGCGCUAUGCUGGAGGACCUAGGCCACCCAUCAGAAUCGGUAACUCGGCUCCUGGUGGGCAACCUUUACCUCCAAAUAUGAUGGACUCUACACGACCAACAAGCCAUCCAAACCUAGGUCCCAUGCAGAGAAUGCACGCUCCUCGAGGAAUGGGCCCUAUGGGACCAGGACUACAGUCUGAUCCUUGGUUAUCGUUACAGAACUAUGGCGGAGGAAUGAGACCUCCAAAUUCCAUUGGCCCGGGAAUGCCAGGAGUGCACAUGGGACCAGGAGCAGGCAGACCAUGGCCUAAUCCUAAUAAUGGAAACACAAUCCUAUACUCCUCCUCAUCCCCAGGGACUUAUGUGGGUCCUCCAGGAGGAGGUGGCUGUCCUCCAGGAACACCAAUCAUGCCAAGUCCAGCAGAUUCCACCAACUCAGGUGAAAACCUCUAUACAUUGAUGAACUCAGUACCACCAGGAGGGAACAGAUCUAGUUUUCCUAUGGGCCCAGGGUCAGAUGGCCCAAUGGGAGGAUUGGAGCCUCAUCACAUGAAUGGCUCAUUAGGCUCGGGUGACAUAGAUGGACUCCCAAAGAAUUCCCCAAAUAAUCUGAGUGGCAUGAGUAACCCGUCAGGAACUCCAAGAGACGAUAGUGAACUGAGUGGAAGCUUCCUCCACUCUUUCCAAAAUGAAAAUUACUCACCGACAAUGACAAUGAGUGUGUGAUGAAGGAUAUCUCCAAGACACAAAAUGCAGGUGUCACAAAGAACAGGGACCAACCCCACCAAUUUACCAGAGUGAUGUCUAAGUUUAGUCUCACCUAUCCAUGGGAACCAAAUCUUACACCAGCUCUGGUUGAGGUUGAUGCUCUUCAUUUCAACAAGGCCAACAUCAGUGACUAAGAACUUUAGGAUGAGCUCAGCUUACAGGAAGGACCUGUUUGAGUUGGGAGCACCCUUGUUAUGUUACAGUCAUUUGAUAAAGUAAUUUUCUAUUUUAUUUAAAAUACUACAUUAAAGAUAAUUUUGCCCUGGUGCCAGCUCCUUAAGGAAGCCCUCAUGUUUUUGAGUGGAUCUCAAACAUAUGGGACCAUGACAACAUCUACACUGUGGAUUUAGUGUGAAAUAUACCUGGCUUUUUGGAGAGGACAUGCACCAUUUCUGUUUAACGUUCCAUUAGACUUUUUGAGGUCUAGUCUCCGAUCUCCAAACAGCCUCAAAACACUGUAAUGGCUUCCUCGAAAGUGAGUACAGUGAAAUGGCUUUGACUAUAGCUGAUUUGAAGGUAUGGACCAAUGGAACUGCUGAGAGAAUGGCAAAAAAAAAAAAAAAAAAAACUGCUGUCCUACUAU